CCGACUGAUCCAACCUCCAUCCUGAAUUCCACACACACACCAAAACAAGGGAGGCUGGCAGUAGCACAGGACUGGCCGAUUGAGGAAGCUGACGACUGACAAGCAUGUGGGAAGACAAUGUAUAAAGCUCCGAAAUUUGAACACUGAUGCUCAGCUACUACAUUGGACUCAUUCCUGUUCUGAACAGAAGACUGCAAGCUCAGCCCUGCACUUGGACAUUAAAAAAAAGUGAAUAUUUUUGCAGGAAGACAUGAAGUGCUGUCUCUUUGUCGCCUCUCUCCUCAUUAACGUGCACCUAGGCGCAGCUCGCAGAGCGCAGUAUGCAGUGGAUUGCCCUGACCGAUGCGACAGCUACGACUGCAGAAGCCCCACGCGUUGCAAGCGGACUGUCCUGGACGACUGUGGUUGCUGCAGAGUCUGCGCAGCUGCCGCCGGGGAGACAUGUUAUCGCACAGUCUCUGGGAUGGAUGGUGUUAAAUGCGGACCUGGUCUGAGGUGCCAGUUCUUUACAGAAGAGGACGACUUUGGAGAUGAGUUUGGUAUCUGCAGAGAUUGUCCCUAUGGAACUUAUGGAAUGGAGUGCAGACGAACUUGUAACUGCCAGUCUGGAAUAUGUGACCGGGUGACUGGAAAAUGCUUGAAAUUCCCAUUUUUCCAGUUAACUGGAGGCAAAACAGCAAACAAACGGAAAGGUGUGUCCAGUUCUGAUCCUGACAUGCCAUCAGGAGAUGGCCACAGUGACAGAGAAGAGAACUUAAAAGACAAAAAUGGCCGCUCCUCAGGAAUAAAAUGGUUAAAUCCCCGCUGACGCUAAAAUGAUAGAAAAAAAACAGUGGACUUUAAAGAGAAAUCUGACGUCAUUAAUUGCUAAACCGUUUAGCAGAGAGAUCCAAGUAGUGGAACUGCUGAGUGUCUCUGAGAAUGUCAACUUCAUGCAUCACUUUAUACAUUUAACAGUGAAUUGUUCACGUUGCACAUUGUUUUUUCUGCAAAGCAAAUUCUAUUUGGUUGAAACUUUUUUAAUGUAUAAUAAUAUAAAAUUUAUUUUGAACAAUUUUAAACUGAAUGGCAAUCAUUUGUAUUUAAAAAAAAAUACCUUAUAAAUGUUUAAUGUUAUAUUAAAUAUUAUUAAUGAUUCAGGGGUUGGGCCGAAUCCAAAAUAGUGGAUUCGGUGCAUCCCUAGUUUUUAUACAAACAUUUAAAUUGUUUACAUAAACAUGUUUAUUACAGUA